GAUUUUAGAAACUUUGUGCACUGCGUAAAUAAACAUUCUUAUCAUAACAAUUUGUGCGCAAUACCCUGAAUUUUCAAUAAAUACUGCUAUAAACACAAAAUAAUGGAUUAUGCUCCAUUAAAUUUGGCACAUUUUCAUGAGCGUCGCGCUAAUCGCUUUCUCAAUCGCCAUCGCUACGACGAUGCAUAUAAGGCAAUAGAAACCUCGUUGAUAUAUCUACAAGACGCAUUUAAAUCGGCGUUGAUGCCAAAAUCCGUUGAAUUGCUGAAUACACAAAAAUGGGAAUAUCAGAGAAAGUUAAGUCAAAUACAAAUGCAUAAGCAAGAGCAUGAAAGUUUGAAGCACAAAGAGAUUGUGCCACUAUCGGCCACAACAACAAACACACCACCCGUAUUAUUAUUCAGAACAGACAGCAAUCUGACUGCACAAUCCGUAGCCAAAUCCAUUGAUCGGACAGUACGAGAAUUCGACACUAAACUCAACAUAUCACCAAUGAAGCGCACAAACAGCAGAGAAAACAAAGACUAUCGCAGUGCAAAUGCUAGUGCUGAAGGGCAUGGUGGCACACCCAAAGGGUUUGUGAAGGCAAUUGCAUCAAUUGCACAGUCACCAUAUGAACGGGAUGCAGGCAGACCAGCUUUUUACAUCACCGAUAGCGAUGAGAUACCCUCGCUAACACCGCUCGAAUUACCUUCUUUUGAAUAUCAUUCCUACACCUCAACUCCACCUUUGACUGAUUUAAGCGCGAAUUUCAAUAAAUAAUAGUUAAUUAUUAGUUUCAAAUAUAUGACGAUCUCUUGCGAUCUUGCGAAUGGCAAUAUCCCGA